AGAGCAUAAAUACUCAGGCUGAUGGUAGUGCAGGAAGACUAUCCCUCCUUGAUCAGCGCAAACUUUGGUCUGAGGCUUAAGCGAUGGAGCAACAUUAUCUUGGCUGUGUGAAGCGGGCUUGGGAUUCCGCAGAGGUGGCGCCAGAGCCCCAGCCUCCGCCUAUUGUGAGUUCAGAAGAUCGUGGGCCGUGGCCUCUUCCUUUGUAUCCGGUACUAGGAGAGUACUCAUUGGACAACUGUGAUUUGGGACUGCUUUCCAGUCCUUGCUGGCGGCUACCCGGAGUCUACUGGCAAAACGGACUCUUUCCUGGAGGCCAGAGCACUUUGGAACCGAGUACAUCGAAGCCCACUGAGUUCAGUUGGCCGGGGACACAGAAGCGGCAAGAGGCACCCGUAGAAGAGGUGGGGCAGGCAGAGGAACCCGACAGACUCAAGCUCCAGCAGCUUCCCUGGUGCAGUCCUCCCCAUCCCUGGGACAGACAGCAGGACACCGAGGUCUGUGACAGCGGGUGCCUUUUGGAACGCCGCCAUCCUCCUGCCCUCCAUCGGUGGCGCCACCUCCCGGGUUUCUCAGACUGCCUGGAGUGGAUUCUUCGCGUUGGUUUUACCGCGUUCUCUGUACUCUGGGCGUGCUGCCCACGGAUCUGUGGCGCUAAGCAGCCUUAGAUAGCAGCAGAAGGCUUUUUUGGAUUCUCCUCCUUGAAAAGAUUCUCAGUUACCAAACGUCUCCACCUAGAAAAUAAAAAUACACAUUGCCGGUUGUCAGUUUUUAAAUUCUCUUUUCCCUGAUGUUUCUUUCUUGUUUCGCGUCGCUUAUUACUUUCAGUUUCCUUGUAUUUUAA